GCAUUUAGAGCGGGCUGCUUUUUGAAGGGGCCUCAGUGUUACUUUAACAGUGAAGUUGGCCAGUGCGAGAACCGCCAGAUCCGAAGCAAACCACAACCACAGCAACAACCAGUUAGACAGCGAGGACCGGGCACUCCGACCAAUCUAUAAUAGCGAUUCAAAUAGCUUGAAGAAAUAUUUUCGUUUUAAAUUAAAAAUAUGUGUGGAAUCUUUGCCUAUCUGAAUUAUCUGACGCCCAAGUCGCGCCAGGAAGUGCUUGACUUGUUGGUUACUGGCUUAAAGAGGUUGGAGUAUCGCGGUUACGACUCAACGGGCGUAGCCAUCGACUCACCGGAUAACAAAAACAUUGUGAUGGUCAAGCGUACGGGCAAGGUCAAAGUGCUUGAGGAGGCGAUCCAGGAGCACUUUAGUGGAGGCGAUUACAGUGAGCCCGUGCUAACUCAUAUCGGUAUUGCCCACACCCGUUGGGCUACCCAUGGAGUUCCCUGCGAGCGAAACUCUCACCCACACCGCUCCGACGAGGGAAACGGUUUUGUUGUGGUUCACAAUGGCAUCAUCACCAAUUACAACGAUGUGAAGACCUUUCUGGCGAAGCGGGGCUACGAGUUUGAGUCGGACACGGACACGGAGGUCUUUGCCAAGCUCGUCCAUCACCUUUGGAAAACCCACCCCACCUAUUCGUUCCGCGAGCUGGUCGAGCAGGCCAUCCUUCAAGUGGAAGGCGCUUUUGCUAUCGCUGUGAAGUCCAAGCACUUUCCCGGAGAAUGUGUGGCCUCACGCCGCAGCUCUCCUCUGCUGGUCGGAAUCAAGACGAAGACUCGCUUAGCCACAGACCACAUUCCAAUUCUAUACGGAAAAGACGACAAGAAACCAAACCCUGAACAAGAUGCCGACUCUAGCAAGCCACAAGAAAUUCGUCCACAUGGGCAAUCCCGUGAACUGCCAGUUAUUCCGCGUUCGGACAGCACUUCUGAGUUCAUGCCCUUGGAAGAGAAGGAAGUUGAAUACUUCUUCGCAUCUGAUGCCUCGGCCGUCAUCGAGCACACUAACCGGGUCAUCUAUUUGGAGGACGAUGAUGUGGCCGCGGUGCGUGAUGGUACUUUGAGUAUUCAUCGGCUAAAGAAGAGUCUGGAUGACCCUCAUGCACGUGAGAUCACGACCUUAAAGAUGGAAAUCCAGCAGAUCAUGAAGGGAAAUUAUGACUAUUUCAUGCAGAAGGAGAUUUUUGAACAGCCCGAUUCCGUCGUCAACACGAUGCGCGGCCGCGUUCGCUUCGAUGGAAACGCAAUUGUACUCGGCGGUAUCAAGGACUACAUUCCGGAGAUCAAACGCUGUCGCCGUCUUAUGCUGAUUGGGUGCGGCACUUCUUACCAUAGCGCAGUAGCCACCAGGCAGUUGCUCGAGGAGCUCACUGAGCUCCCCGUGAUGGUGGAGUUGGCGUCCGACUUCCUGGACCGCAACACACCCAUAUUCCGCGACGACGUCUGCUUCUUCAUAUCGCAAUCCGGCGAGACGGCCGACACCUUGAUGGCCUUACGCUAUUGCAAGCAACGAGGCGCCCUGAUUGUGGGCAUCACGAACACUGUGGGCAGCAGCAUAUGCCGCGAAUCGCACUGUGGAGUGCACAUUAACGCUGGUCCAGAGAUAGGAGUGGCUUCGACCAAGGCCUACACCUCGCAGUUUAUUUCCCUGGUGAUGUUCGCUCUGGUUAUGUCCGAGGAUCGACUCUCACUGCAGCAGCGACGGCUGGAGAUUCUGCAAGCCCUGUCCAAACUCGCGGACCAAAUACGAGAAGUGCUCAAACUGGACUCAAAGGUUAAGGAGCUCGCCAAGGAUCUUUACCAGCACAAGUCGCUGCUGAUCAUGGGUCGCGGCUACAAUUUUGCCACUUGCCUGGAAGGCGCUCUGAAAGUAAAGGAGCUGACCUACAUGCACAGUGAGGGCAUCAUGGCAGGUGAACUGAAGCACGGCCCACUGGCCCUCGUAGACGACUCCAUGCCAGUCCUGAUGAUUGUCUUGCGCGACCCAGUCUAUGUGAAGUGCAUGAACGCACUGCAGCAGGUUACAUCUCGAAAGGGAUGCCCGAUUAUUAUUUGCGAAGAGGGAGACAACGAGACCAAGGCUUUCUCCUCUCGCCACCUUGAGAUCCCCCGCACCGUUGAUUGUCUGCAGGGAAUACUGACUGUAAUCCCCAUGCAACUCCUGUCAUAUCAUAUUGCCGUGCUCCGCGGGUGCGAUGUGGACUGCCCAAGAAACCUUGCCAAGUCAGUGACGGUUGAAUGAAGCAAUUGGAAAACCGCAACCCAAACUGAUCGGAUAAAGAGUUAAAACAAUAAUCUCCACAUAUGAGCACAUUUAAUACCAUUAUUAUAAAAUAUUGCCACUAUUACGCACAUUUACCAUUGAAAAAACAUUUUAUUAAAACUAUACAUGUUUGUUAAACGAA